AUGUCUCUCAGCGACCUAAACGACGAUGUUCUUUACAUGAUCUGCUCCUUCAUAGAUGAAGGUCCUUGCAACUUCAGGGGCGUGAGGCGUCAUAAGCCACACCUCGACAGCUUCUCAAGGACAAAUCACCGGCUGCGGCACCUCAGCAUGCCAAUGCUCUUCCGAAACAUCGCCAUCAAAGGUGGCUGGGACGAUGCCAUUCGAGCAGUGGGACUGAUGGAGGUCUGCCCAGCAAUUGCACGCAACGCAAGGUCCCUCAAGUUUCACAUGUGGGUUAACGAAGAAAAGUCAUAUCCUCCACCGCAAAGCGUUGUGCCUCGGUUAGCGAUCGUGUUUAAGCCCAUGGAGCGUCUCGAACAACUCGUUAUUAGUAUACCCGAAAGCCAUACUGAUACUUUUGCAAUGGAAUUCGCUAAAGCCGACUUGUCGUUUCCCUGCGUAAAGACGCUGGUUGUAGGACCAUUCUGCGAAUGGACCGUUAAUCUUUGUUCGAAUGUUACCGCCAUCUCGACCACUGGGUUGCAAUGGCUACAGGCGUCGCGUGGGAGGAGUGGAAGGAUUUCAUCCGAGCAAGAACACUUUCACAGACUUAUUAUGGCUGCUGCCAAAGCCCCCAAGCUUCAGCAUUUUGAGAUGAUGGCAUGGCGGAGACGUGAAGAGUUGGAAGACUUCAUCCUUGUAGCAAUUCUGGACGUCAUGCCUAAUAUCUCCAGCAUCGGUCUUGACGGAGGUAGUUACAGCGACAAAAUAUCUGGACUCCUCCCAAUACUCAGCCGUUUCCAGAACCUGACAUAUCUUGCACUAGCACCCGCGCAUUGUCUUGGCGUAGGCUUCCAUCCUCCCACGUGUGGGAACGUGUACAAGAGGCGGAACGGCGAGGAGGUCCGUCGACAAGUCAACCAACGUGGCAAAGAAGCCGAAAACAGAGUUGCAUCGAUGAUUUUCCCGGUGUGUUCGAAGUUACACGAGCUGUGGAUUGGUGAUCAUGCAAGGGCAGAGGUCGUCAGAGCAAAGGGUGGAGAGGUGGUGAAUAUUUUCCGCCACCCCGAGUCAGCGGAGGUAUCGGUCACUUGUGAUUCAAACACUGCGUGGAAUGACAACUUCUUUGAGGUCGGCGAUAGGGAGAACUCCAUAGAGCCCCUGACGGGCCUGACCUACUCUUACAUUCCGCCAGACAUCGUGGCGAGAGUCGAGCAUCCGCUGGGCAUACUAUCUGGGUCAAGGCUUGCUUCUCUAGACCAAGACUUGUGGGUCUGCACGUACAGGCUGGGAUCCGUGUAUAGUCAGGAGAGCCAUGCGGGCCUGAAACGUCAUUACUUCAUCCCCAGGGAUUGGGUCAGUACCGAAAGCUUAGAGCAGUGUUAUAUGACGACGGAUGGCACAGUUCCCUGUCCGAGAGACGACAGAGUCGCUGUUAUUAGAAGCAGCCUUGACAGUUUUUCACGCGAACGAACUCACGACAGCGAGGACUAG